GGGUUCUCAAAUGAGACCCCGCCCUGAACAAGUGGAGGCACCAUUUUGUUUUAUUUUGGUGUUGAAGAGUGCUCUCGACAGUCGAAGCAGAAAAUUACUUCUACGAUCGUGGAAAGUUAACCAGACGUAACAGUCAACAUGAGUGGAUGUCGCAUCUUUAUCGGCCGGUUGAGCCCAUCGGCCAGAGAGAAGGAUGUGGAGAGGUUUUUCAAAGGAUAUGGCCGCAUACGAGAUAUAGACCUGAAGAGAGGCUUCGGCUUCGUGGAGUUUGACGACCCCAGAGAUGCUGAAGAUGCUGUGUAUGAGCUUGAUGGCAAAGAGCUCUGCAAUGAAAGGGUGACCAUCGAGCACGCUCGUGUACGCCUGCGGGGUGGUCGGGGCCGAGGCGGUGGCGGCGGAGGUGGACGUUUCUCCGAUCGCUAUGGCAGAGGCUCUCAGAACAGUCGGAGUCGAAACCCUCCACCAAUGCGCACUGAGAACCGUCUGAUAGUGGAGAACUUGUCGUCUCGUGUCAGCUGGCAGGACCUGAAAGAUUUCAUGAGACAAGCUGGGGAGGUGACAUUUGCAGAUGCACAUCGUCCCAAGCUCAAUGAAGGGGUGGUUGAGUUUGCCUCUUACAGCGAUCUGAAAAACGCCCUUGAGAAGCUCUCUGGGAAGGAGAUCAAUGGCAGGAAAAUCAAACUCAUCGAAGCAGCCAAAAAGAGGUCAAGAAGUCGUUCCCGCUCUGAGAGCUCAUCCCGCUCACGGUCCCGUUCCCGAUCCCGUGGUCGCUCUCAGUCCCGCUCUCCCAGACGCUCUCGCAGCCCCGCCAAGGCCCACCACCGCUCCCGCUCCCGCAGCGGCUCACCUGCAGGCGGCACCUCCUCCAUGAGCCCCAAAUCAAAGGAGCCCAACAAACGCUCCUCCAAAACGAGCAAGUCUGUCACUCCAUCCUCUCCUCCACCUGCUCAGAGAGCCUCUGUAUCCCGCUCCCGGUCUCGUUCACGCUCCCGUUCACGCUCCCGUUCCCGCUCUAGAUCUCCUUCUACCGACAGCCAGCGCUAAAAAGUUCAAUUAUUGGGAAUCAAAAGCAGAAACAACUCGGAGGAGUUGGCACGCUGGGGCUCUUUCCACCUCCUCUGACAGGAGGAAGCAAAGGGUUCGCUUUUAAGUAUAGUUUUGUUUCUUUUCUGGAACUUUCUUGCAACUGUCUCAAAGUUUUUCCUAUUCAUGCAGAUCAUCAUCACCAAUGAACAGUUUAACCAGAUAUUUGAAUAAGAGGGGCAUUUGACUUAAACAACUCAAAUUAAAAAAGAGAAAACUUGCUACACAGUGAUGCUUUGUUAUCCAUGUGAAGUCUGGACCGAUACGCAUGCCCAUUGAAUUCCUGCAACAUUUCCUCUCACUGAACACCCCAAUUAUGGGACAUUUACAUGACUGUCCACAUUAAAAAAAAAACUCCAAACAAGGAUUCUGCAUCCUCCAGCAGUACAUAGAUGCUUUUGAUGAGUCGUGACGAUUUUCCAAAGUUUUUUUUUUUUUUUUUUUUUUUUUUUUUUUUUUUUUUUUUUUUUUUUGGUGAUAUUUUUGCUCGUCAUUGGAACAUUUUUGUCUUGGACUUUUUAAUGUUCUCCAAGGCCCUUUUUUUUUUAUUUUCUAACCCUUUGUACCUAGCACAGCUUUUGUGUGAUUGUGUGUGAUAGAUUUAAUUUAGGAUCCUUGCAUGUGCUUCUGUUUAAUAUAAUUUCAUUUUACUGGACACCCUUUUAUUUGAGCUUAAAGCUCAAAUAUAAUCCAACACUAUAACUGCCAUUUGUGUACAAUUUCCAUGUUGUUCCACCAGUUAAAUGGCUGUAAAUGAAUAUCACGUGUCCUAUAAAAUCUUGAAAUUGGAUUUGGUUAAAGAGGCAAAUCAAGUAUAAAGUUAACACUUCUUCGCUCACAGGAUGCAAGCUGAUUAGCAAUGUUCUGUUAAAAGCAUUUAAAUGUAAUUCCAGGAGUAUGUGUUGGUGCUGUGAUGUUACUGUGCUUCAAAUGAACAUGUAGGCAAAAGUUUCAAAAACAUUGUUUUUUUUUUUUGUACAGGAGGACUUUAUUUUCUGUGGGGAAAAAAAGAAAUAGAUGUUUAAGUUGUAUGAAAACAAUAGACUUAAUCAAUAAACCAAUUUUAGCUAAA